AUGGCCGCGAGCUCUGCGCCCCCCGCGCGUCGUCCGCUCUCGUCGCACUCGUACGCGAACCUCCGCGACGUCACGUUCUCGCACCUGCACUGGGUCCUCUCGCUCGACUUCUCGAGCCAGACGCUGCACGGGUACGCCGAGUACACGUUCCGUCACGUGUCCACAACGGCGUCAACGGCUGUGGUCGUACUGGACACACACGACCUGACGAUCGCACAGACGUUCGCCGACGGCCACGAGACGCCGUUCACGCUCGAAGCGCCGGCGCACGCGAGUUUCGGCCAAGCGCUCGUCGUGACGGUGCCGCGCGAGGCGACGACCGUUCGCGUGCACUACACCACGUCGCGCGCCGCCAGCGGUCUCCAGUGGCUCAGCAAGGAGCUCACGGCCGGCAAGACGCACCCGUAUUUGUUCACCCAGUGCCAGGCCAUCCACGCGCGCUCGCUCGUGCCAUGUCCCGACACGCCGGCGUGCAAGUUCACCUACUCGGCCACAGUCACAGUGCCCGAGUGGUGCACGUGCCUCAUGAGUGCUAUUGCCGAUCCAGCAGGACCGCAGCACGUCGACCAGGAGCACCGGACGCACCAGGUGUCGUUCCAGCAGUCGGUGCCCAUUCCGAGCUACUUGCUCGCGAUUGUCGCAGGCAGACUCGAGAGUGUGGACUUGGGCCCGCGCAGUCGCGUGUGGGCCGAAGCUGCGGUCGUGACGAAAGCCGCGCACGAGUUUGCCCAGACGGAAGCGUUCUUGCAACACGCCGAGGCCAUUACGGGCCAAGAGUAUGUGUGGAAGCGCUACGACCUCGUGUGCCUCCCGCCGUCGUUCCCGUACGGCGGCAUGGAGAACCCGUGCUUGACGUUUGUAACGCCAACGUUGUUGGCGGGCGAUCGCUCGCUGGCUGACGUUGUGGCGCACGAGAUCUCGCACUCGUGGACGGGGAACCUCGUGACGAACCAUUCGUGGAACGACUUUUGGCUGAAUGAAGGGUGGACAAUGUGGCUGGAACGCAAGAUUCAAACGCGCAUUGCACAGGAUCCCAAGGCAUACGACCUCAAGGCUGCCAUGGGACUACGUGCCCUUGUGGAGGCAGUAGAGGAAUUUGGACCCGAGCACCCGUACACAGCGCUGGUACCAAACACGGACGGCAUUGAUCCGGAUGACGUCUUCUCGUCGAUUCCGUAUGAGAAGGGGUUUAACUUUUUGCACUACCUGUCGACGGUCGUUGGCGGUCACGAGGUGUUUGACAAAUUCGCGCAAGCGUAUAUUCAGGAGUUCAAGUUCAAGACAGUCACGUCAGGCGAAUUUCGUGCGUUUUUCGAAAAGUACUUUGCAGGGCAGCCAGCGGCACUGAGCAAAAUCGACUGGGACGCCUGGUACCACUCGCCAGGUAUGCCGCCUGUUGCAAACAAGUUUGACACGACUUUGACUAGCCAGGCGACGACAUUGGGCGAACAAAUGACUGCAAGUAGCGACCCUGACACGUGGACAGGCGCGAGCGAGGACGUACUGAAGAAGUGGCCGACUAGUCUGUGGAUCCUGCUGUUGGAUACACUGCUGUUGAAGCAACACGAUGGAACCUUCACGCCUGCGCACCUGGACGCAAUUGACUCCUAUACGCACCAUCAUUUGACGACCACGCAUAACUCGGAGCUGCGAUUCCGCUGGUACACACUAUUGCUUCGGUCGGGUGACCUGCGCUUGCUUGACAAGACCGUGGAAAUGCUGAAAGAGCAGGGUCGUAUGAAGUUUGUGCGGCCGCUCUUUCGUGACCUGUGCACAGCUCUGGGUGCUGCCCAAGCGGAGGCCGUCUUUGCGGAUUGCAAGAACCUGUACCACCCGAUUGCGGCGAAAAUGAUCCAGCGUGACAUUGAGAAUAGCAUCGCUAAAGCGAAAAAUAGGAAGGUCAAGUUUGCGUCGCCGACGACGCCAAGUGCGCUGGCGCAGUGGUUGGGCGUGUCGGACGAGGUCAUGGGGUACACUGCCGCUGCGGUUGCCAUUGCGACGGUGGCGCUUGUUGCCGUGUCCCGCAGGCGAUAG